GGCCAAUCAGAUUGCUCUGAAAUUGUUCCCUCCCACUUGAUAUGAUUACAUUAAGGCGAAUCGUCUUCUAAUACGGUUGAAUUUAACUGCAGUUACAACUGGAUUAACCAGAAAAUGCUGAUCAUAUUUUAUUUACUGCUGAUGCUCAGAGUGGGGCGAUGCACAGACGAUCAGAACUUGGUGACAGUGACUGUUGGACAAGAUGUGACUCUGACAUGUGCCCGCCAGACAUCUCUGUACCAAGAAACCUUGUUUUGGAUCAGGCUUGUUUCUGGAAACUUGCCUGAAGUUUUAGGAACAACAUUUAACUUUGAUUAUGAUGAUGUUAAAAAGACUCCUCGCUUUACAGCAAAACAAGAGCCUGGAUCCUUUCUCCUGAAUAUUAGUACAACAAAGUUAAGCGAUACUGGAGUUUACUACUGUAUAAAAGUAAACCAACUUGACAUGAAAUUUGUGAAAGGAACAUUUCUAAGAAUUAAAGGACCAGAACCUGAUAUCACUGCCAUCAUUCAAGUCCCUCCAUCUGAUCCAGUCCGUCCAGGAGACUCAGUGACUCUGCAGUGUUCAGUCCUCUCUGACUCUGAGAACAAAACAUGUCCAGGAGCUCACAGUGUGUACUGGUUCAGAGCCGGAUCAGAUGAGUCUCAUCCCAGUGUCAUUUACGCUCAUGGAAACAGUGGUGAUGAAUGUGAGAAGAGUCUUGAGGCUCGCUCUCCACAGAAAUGUGUCUACAACUUCUCUAAGAACGUCAGCUCCUCUGAUGCUGGGACUUAUUACUGUGCUGUGGCCACAUGUGGGGAGAUCUUAUUUGGAAAUGGAACAAAACUGGACAUUCAAGUCAACAUGUGGGAUUUGCAGACGGCCAAUACAGUUCUGUUUCUGUUAUGUGCUGCUUUGGCUAUAAGUCUGAUUGUUAUAGCCUUCCUGAUUCAUACCAUCAAGAAAAAAUCCUGUGGUUGUUUCAACGUUGCCGUCGCUUUGCAAACAGAUGGUGCAACAGCCAGUGGUGAUCUGCAAAGUCAGCAGAGAGAUGAGAACUCAUUGGUUUAUUCUGCACCAACUUUCACCAAGAGGAAAACUGGCAAAGCAGAGAGAAGGAAUGUAAAAACAGCAGAAGGAGAGACAGUCUACACUGAUGUCAGGACGUUUGUGAUACAUUAACAAUCCAGUGGAUUUGCUAAUUAAAGCUAAUAUAAUUUUUGCCUGGCACACUGUGAGGAAACAUAUUUCUUCACAUCAAUUUCACAUCUAAUCUUGGCAGCAAUAUUUUAAAUGGAUAACCGUUAAAAUUUUGAAAUUAUAUUUUGUCCAAUCCAUUUGCCAUCAUGUGUGACUUUUUGAUCCUGUUAUUUUUUGAAAGGGCAUGAAUUAUCAUCAAAAUAUCAAAAUUUAAUCCACGGUUUUAAUGGGGUUUGGUGAUAUUCUACAGCAAUGUGCAUUGCAUAGCUACUCAUUCUUGCUUAAUUUUUGGGCAUUUUUUAUAAUGCUAGAACUCAAACAGAUUUUUUGAAAGAUUCAACUUGAACGACAAGGAGGGUUGAGGAAGGUUUCCUUUCUGUCUCUUUUGUCUGAUAUGCAGUUUCAAGGCUGUUAACUUCUCCUAUAUGUAUCAAUGCAAUGCAAAAAUGAUUGUACUAAAUGAAAUUGAUGUUUGUGUAUAUGUGUUGCUUCCUUCCUUAAA